AUGCCAACUUCGCCCGAAGAAAUGCAUGCCUUGGCUGUGGCCAGCAAAAGAGAGCUGAACCUUCUCAUGGCGGCAUACGUCGACAUGAUUGCGUCCGGCCCCGCAGCAUCUCCUCCUCCCCAAGAAUCUCCACCUCUCCGAGCAUUCACUCCUUCCGGAGAAUCCACUUCUUCUGGAGAAUCCACUUCUUCCGGAGAAUUCACUCCUUCUCAGGAUUCCACUUCUUCCGGAGAAUCCACUCCUUCCCAGGAAUUCACUCCUUCCCAGGAAUCCACUCCUUCCCAGGAAUCCACUCCUCCUCAAGAAUACCCCCUUCCCCAGGAAUCACCUACUCCCCAGGAAUCCCUUCCUCGCCAGGGAUCCCCUCUUCCCCAAGAAAUCCCUCUUCCCCAGGAAUCCUCUCCUUCCCCAGCACCCCCGUCGCCACCGGCAGUACCAGCUGCAACAGCAUCCCCGACAGCCUCAGCAGCCUCAGCAUCCCCAGCAGCUCCAGCAGCUCCAGAAGCUCCAGCAGCUCCAGCGCCACCAGCGCCACCCGCCCCCAAGACCAACGGAGUUUGA